AUGUCUUGCCUGUUUUUACGAGAGCAACCUGUUGCGGAAGGUGCGAGGAUAAUUCGCAGAGCUUUUAGAAUUAAUCGUAUUUUGCGACACGGACAGGAUCCAUUAGCACAGCGCGAUAGUGUAGUUUUUGAAAGAUAUCAUUUUUCACGUGAGGGUGUCAUUUACAUAAUUAAUUUAUUGGAACCUCAUAUUAAAAGUUUGACUAGUCGGAGUCGGGCUUUAACAACAGCACAAACUGUGUGCAUCGCGUUGAGAUUCUUUGCGAGUGGCACUUUCCUGUAUACUACUGGGGAUGCGGAGAACUUGGGCAAAAGUGCUGUGUGUCGUGCCAUUCGCAAAGUUUACCUGGCGCUCAAGCAGUUUUUAGGGGUUUUUGUGGUCUUUCCAAGCCACUUAAGACCCCAAGUUGUAAAACAGAGCUUUUUCGCCAUUGCAGGCUUCCCUAAUGUGAUUGGUGCCAUAGACUGCACACACAUUCAUAUCAAGGCCCCACCAGGCCCCAAUGAAGGGGAUUUUGUGAACCGAAAGGGGGUUCACAGUAUAAAUGUGCAGAUGGUGUGUGACUCGAUGCAUCACAUCACAAAUGUGGAAGCCAAAUGGCCAGGAUCUGUGCAUGACUCAAGAAAUUUCAGAGAGUCACAUUUAUGCACAUUGAACGUGGUGAUUACGACGGGAUCCUGGUUGGAGACAGGGGCUAUGCCUGUAGGCAGUAUUUUAUGA